AUGAAACCUCUCCAGCGGUCGAAGUCGGAUGACCUCGCGGAUCUAGUAGAUGCUCCUCCACCUUACACACUAAUCGCAGAAGCAGGAUCCAGCACAGUACAAGAUGAUGGCCGCAUUGAUGUGGACCUAGACUCGGCCACGGCAAGAACCGCUCUCAGGUUCAUCCCCCGACUCAGUGAGGACGAUUUAAUACACCCGCCACCUACCUACUCGGGGCCAGUGCAAUGCGAUGUCAAGCUCAACGUUGUGAUACAUGUCGUGGGGAGCCGCGGGGAUGUUCAGCCAUUUAUUGCACUGGGGAGCGAGUUGCAAAAGCAUGGCCACCGAGUGCGGUUAGCAACACACGAUGUGUUUGCUUCCUUCGUUCGGAAGUCGGAUCUGGAGUUCUACCCAAUCGGCGGCGAUCCUGCCGAGCUCAUGGCAUUUAUGGUGAAGAACCCGGGUCUAAUUCCGAACAUGAAGAGUCUGAGGGCAGGGGAAAUCACAAGAAAACGGAUGAUGGUCCGAGAGAUGCUGGAAGGAUGUUGGAAGUCUUGCAUCCAGAAUGAUCCCAGCACAGGGGCUCCGUUCGUGGCCGACGCCAUUAUCGCAAACCCUCCCAGCUUUGCACAUGUGCACUGUGCCCAAGCCCUAGGUGUUCCACUACACUUGAUGUUUACCAUGCCCUGGAGUUCGACAUCAGAGUACCCUCAUCCGCUUGCCAAUUUGAAAUAUUCCGGGACGAACGCGAGAUUCGCAAAUGCCGUUUCGUACGGAGUUGUAGAGUGGAUGACCUGGCAAGGACUUGGCGAUGUGAUCAACGACUGGAGAGAAACCAUUGAUCUCGAACCGGUUCCGCUUACCGAAGGGCCGAGCCUUGUGCAGACUCUUAAAGUGCCAUUCACAUAUUGCUGGUCUCCAGCCUUGGUGCCCAAACCCAAGGAUUGGCCAUCUUACAUCGAUGUCUGUGGCUUCUUCUUUCGUGAAUUGCCGAUAUAUUCCCCGUCUUCUGAACUAGAUGCAUUCCUCCGCGACGGUCCACCACCGGUGUAUAUUGGCUUCGGUAGCAUCGUCAUCGAUGAUCCCCCGCGGCUCACUUCGAUUCUUGAAGAGGCCGUCCGAGCGAUCGGCGUUCGUGCGAUUAUCUCACGAGGGUGGAGUAAGCUCGGAGGCUCUUCAUCAAAAGACAUCCUGUAUAUCGGUGACUGCCCUCACGAGUGGCUUUUUCAACACGUGUCUGCCGUGGUACAUCACGGUGGUGCAGGGACGACAGCAUGCGGCCUACGCUUCGGAAAGCCCACUGCCAUUGUCCCCUUCUUUGGAGAUCAGCCCUUCUGGGGUAAGAUGAUCGGGGCGUCAGGGGCCGGUCCCGAGCCAAUCCCACAGAAGUCUUUGACAGCCCAAAGCCUCGCUGAAGCAAUUCAGUACUGCCUCACCCCUCAGGCCAAGGAGGCUGCAAAAGAUAUUUCUAAUAAAAUGCAAUACGAGUCGGGUGUCAAAGCCGCCGUCGAAUCCUUCCAUCGAAAUCUGCCGUUGGAUCGCAUGCGCUGCCAGCUUAUUCCCGACCAGCCCGCGUCGUGGAUUUACAAAAGGUCCACCAAACCUAUCCUUCUCUCCAAAUUAGCCGCUCAGAUCCUACUGAACCACUUGCGCAUUGAGUCCAGGAACCUACAGUCACACGAAAUCCGUCCUAUAAUUAUAACAAAUCGCAGAUAUGAUCCAAUAACGAGCACAACCUCAGCAACGAUAGGCUAUGGCACAGACAUACUACGAGCCACGUCAGAUAUGUUCGUGAAACCGUAUCAAGAACUGAAGGGCCGAUCUGCGACAGCUCCGGCAGCAACCAACGCCGAAGAUCCUCUGUCAAAGGUUGACUCGCAAACCACAACGGCUAACACGGUGGACUGGAAUGCCACAGGCGCGGCUAUAGGGGCCGGGGCAGCGGGAUUUGGCAAGUUUAUGAAAUAUGUUUACAAGGGAGUGAUCGUCGACAUUCCCCUAGCUGCUACGGAGGGCCUCCGGGCCGUGCCACGUCUAUAUGGUGAAGAGGUGGAAGAUUAUGCCAUCCGAGACUGGAAAAGCGGUGCUAUCGCAGGGGGCAAGAAUUUCACUCAAGGGAUGCGAGAAGGCUUCACCGAUAUAUUCACACAGACCCAGAAGGGAGCCAUGGAAGAGGGUGCCGUGGGAAUGGCUAAAGGGUUCCUCAAAGGAACACUUAGCAUCGGUACUAAAGUGCCAUCAGGUUGGCUAGCCCUGUCACUUUUCACGAAUCUCGCUGACCUUGCACAGCUGCACUUGGUCUCGUGGCUAUCCAGCUCAUGGAAUAACCAAGAGCCUACACUCGGUGAUGAGGUCAAAGACCAGGAAGCAAAUCAUCCAAGCGCGGCUUCAGGAGGGCCAAUAUAUAGCGCGAAAGGUUGCAAAGCCUGA